GAUGUUACUAUUGAGUACCAACGGCCAAAUCUCCUUGCUUUAGUGUUACUAAUUCAGAAAGAACCAAUUAUUUCUAAAAUGCUUGAGAAAUAGAAAAAAAAAUAUGUUUUUAAUAGCAUUGUUGACAAAUGUAUUGUUUUCAUUAUAAUAGAAAGCAAAAUUUUGCAGAAGAACAAACCGAUUCGUAUCGGACUGGGGGUUCAUUUUACUUGCUGUAUAUGCUGACCUGUUUAUGACUGCCUCAUUGGGCAGGCAGCAGUUCACGACAGAGCUCGCUGUUACGUGUCAGAUUUGUAUGGUUAAAUAUGUGUAUCUGAUUUUAGACAGCAUUGAUUUUAGACAGCAUUAUUACAGAAUGUAAUCUGAUGGGAGUAUUUCAAGCAAUUCACUACAUUACUAAACAGAAGGACUGCAAGUUUUAGUCGAGUGCGACCAGGAGCUAAUUCCAUGAUGUCGGCACAGGGGCAAAUAUCGGAACUCUACCUGACUAUCGGACAGCUAAAUGUACUACUGAUAUUCGUUGCCUUUAUUUCAGGUGGUGUGUGCCAAACUGUUCUAAUAACUUGUCCAAACACUUUUAAAGAUGGAGAGUGGGGAAACGUUAACUGUUCAGUUAAUAGUACAAAGGUUGCAUCGGCGUCUUCUUGUUACCCGCAGAAACUUCAAUUUGCUUUUCAAAGUGUGUCAGAAACAACAUCGAAUCCUUUAUGUGAGACCCCUUAUCCUGGAACAUGUGGCCAGGCUGGUAGAAUGAACUGCAGUUGUGUGGGAGUCGAGGCGAACAUAUAUACUUAUCAACUAAGCAUUUUGGGAAACAGAACUGCGUAUGGAGAUGGAACUCUAAUCUGCAGUAUUGACUGUCAACCGCUAACAUCAUUUGCAGCCAGCUGCACAGCCACAUAUGAAACAUCUUCAACAACAACUACAACAGAGCUAACUUCCAAUCCAGUAUCAACAUCAGCUACAAGAGAAAGUACGUCUGGUUCAACACCAUCCAUAAAUGUAACAGCUGUUCAUAAACAAGGAAAACGUACCUGCGACGAUACCUGUAUUGGCUUAGCUGCUGGAAUUCCUUCGGCCGUUGUUAUUGUUCUUAUUGCCAUAGCGUUUAUACUCACCAAGAUCGGAGUGAUCAGAUCACCAGAGAGAUGCUGUAAAGAAGCACAGAAUACUUCAAGACAAUCACAAGAAAACAAUGCGGAAACAAACACAAUGUCAAAGCAAGAAAAUCGAACAAGUAAUCAACCAGCAACUAAUGCAAAAGAGAGUAAGGUCACAGCUCCUAACAAGAACAGACCUACGAAAUGAUGAAGAGAGUUGACAAACAAGUUUUUGGAUAUUGCCAAAGAGUUACAAAACCACGUGUCAGAGUCCCCCAGCAAGAAUCAUCAGAAAAAUCUGUUAAAGCGUUUUUUUUUUUCAACUCGUAAAAAGAUUUCAAACUUCUCUUGUCAUCAUUAUAACGAUUGUGACGAAAAAUAUAAUGUGACUGUAGUUAUCGACAUUUUCAUUGACAUUAAAUAUUUAUACUAUGAUUUCAUGUAAUUUUACCUCUGUAUAACUUUUUGUGAAUCGAUUUGGCUGUAUAUUUUGUUUUCCUUGAUAACCGUUCAAAUGUUUUAAAAUAUAUAGAUUUAUAUAUAUAUAAACAGAAGGGAACAUUUGUCUACUGGGGUAUGAAGCUUACUUUUUUCUAAAAGUCUCAAGGUGUUAUAAAAUAUGAUUGAAUGAAGGACAAUUGGUCAGAUUAUACCAUUUAUUAUUUAAGAUGUCUUUAGUUUGUUUUAUAUAUAUAUGCUUUUGCUCAGUUUUAACACCAUUUAUCAGUGCGUUUCUUGAGCACAAUGUUUUGAAAUAUUGUUAUUAAUUUUUUUAUUUCUUUAUUGAUGUUUUGCUCUGUUUGGAACAAUGCUGACUGUUCUCAUUAUUAUCUACAGUAGACGUUUGAGUUGUUUCUUUUGUAGAUAUUCCAACUGUACUUUUGUAUUGCUUGAGGUAAUAGAAGCCAAGCUAUAGAUAUAUUUUGAAACAUUAUGAAUAUAGUGUUCGUGUCAAAACGUACCGUCGGUAGGUUUGUGUGUGUGUGUGUGCUUUAGUACAGAUGUUUGUAUCUUUAUCACUAUUGUAGAUCUUAUUGUUACUUUUCCAAUACUUUUAAAACAGCUCUUUAAUUUAUAACUAGCACUGCAUGUAAUUAUAUUGAACAUUGUCCAGGUAAUGACCAAAAUUUAAUCGUCACAAACAAGCACAAACUAAGCAGAUUAAACAAGAUUGCAUUAGAAAUGCUUGUUAUUAUUUUUCAUCCGGUUAACAUGGGAUGAAUGGGUCCAUUAGAUAAUUACUAAUCUGAUAUGGAGUGCCUUUAUUCCAUAAAAUUAUUAUGUGGAAUAUAAAGUUUUUCAGAAAACUGGAAAAUAUCAGUAAAUUAUCUUUUAAUUUAAUUUACAACAAUGAAUAAUGUACAUACAUUUUGAUAACAUUUUACUUUAUUAAUAUAAAAUAAUUUGAAGGAAAAAUUGUAUAUACAUUGCCGUAUUGUUUUAGUUUUACCUUUGUUAUUAUAUGCAAAAUGUAUUGUUGCAGUCUGGAGUGUUGUGAAACUAAAUUGCUUAUAACCUAUAACAUAUCGCCAGCAGCUAAAUCAUUCAGUGUGUAGUUUUAUGCAUACAAAUAAAAAAAUUUUAGCGUUGUCUUUAUAAACAAACUUAACAUUAGACACUAAAGAAGUAUGAGUAGAACUCACUAAGACAUACUGAAGGAACAGGUUUGGAACAGAUUAACAUGAGAAACUUAGUGAUUUUUUUUAAAGUAACGCACUGUAGUUUCGGAUUCCUUCUUAUUUUUGUUUUGCCAUGUUUACAAAUCUGUGAUAUUAUUGUACAAGUCAAUAAUAAAAUAUUGAGAAAUUA